AUGGGAGGAACCAACAUGAGCUCCUUUAAAGGCUUUAUCCUAAAGGGUGUCUCUGACCAUCCUCAGCUGGAGAUGAUCUUUUUUGUAGUCAUCCUCUUCUCCUAUCUGUUAACUUUGAUGGGCAACUUGACCAUCAUCCUAAUAUCACGCUUGGAUGCCCGACUUCACACGCCCAUGUAUUUUUUCCUCAGCAAUCUCUCCUCCCUUGACCUUGCCUUUACCACCAGCUCAGUUCCUCAGAUGCUAAUGAAUCUGUGGGGCCCAGACAAAACCAUCAGCUAUGGUGGCUGUAUAACCCAGCUGUAUGUCUUCCUCUGGCUGGGUGCCACUGAAGCUCUUCUGUUGUUGGUGAUGGCAUUUGAUCGCUAUAUAGCUAUCUGCCGGCCCCUGCACUACGUAACCACCAUGAUCCCUCGGCUUUGCUGGCAGUUAGCUGCCAUUGCUUGGCUAGGUGGCCUGGGUAACUCCCUGAUUCAGUCAACUUUCACUCUGCAGCUCCCACUGUGUGGACACCAGGAAGUAGAUAAUUUUCUCUGUGAAGUACCAGCUCUGAUCAAGUUGGCCUGUGGUGAUACAAACCUCAAUCAGGCUUUACUCAAUGGUGUCUGUGCCUUCUUUACUGCAGUGCCCCUGAGCAUCAUCCUCAUUUCCUAUGGCUACAUUGCCCGUGCUGUCCUGAAGAUUCCCUCAGCUGCAGGCCGACGAAAGGCCUUCAAUACUUGUGGCUCCCAUCUGAUAGUUGUAUUCCUGUUCUAUGGCUCAGCCAUUUAUGCCUAUCUACUGCCAGCCAAGAGUAGCUCCCAAGACCGGGGCAAGUUCAUCUCUUUAUUUUAUUCAGUAGUUACACCCAUGGUGAAUCCCCUAAUCUACACUCUGAGGAACAAGGAGGUGAAGGGGGCACUAAGGAGAUUGUUGGGAAAAGGGAGGGAGCAAGGAUAA